CGUGUCCUGAGGGGAGCGAGAGGGGAUAAGACCAGCAACAGAAGCAAUACAAAUAUCAUCAUUGCAUUUUCCACACCUGGUCAUAGAAAAAAAAGGGUUGAAUUAUCUUUGCUUCUCAGAACCGACUAGGCCUACUUUGUAACUUUCCCUAACUAGUUUAAACUACAUAACUGAAAUCGACUGCAAACGUAGAAAAAGACACGAUGACAACUCAUUUCAGCAAAGGACCAGCUUUCGGACUGUCAGCUGAAGUCAAGAGUAAGCUGGCCCAGAAGUAUGACCCCCACAAAGAGGAGGAGCUCCGCCUGUGGAUCCAGGAUGUGACCGGCCGCAGGAUCGGGGACAAUUUCAUGGAGUCACUGAAAGAUGGGGUCAUCCUGUGCGAGCUGAUCAACACGCUGCAGCCUGGAUCUGUGAAAAAGAUUAACAAUUCCCCACAAAAUUGGCACCAGUUGGAAAACAUUGGCAAUUUCGUCAGAGCUAUAACAGAAUAUGGGCUGAAGCCACAUGACCUCUUCGAAGCCAACGACCUAUUUGAAAAUGUCAACCACACCCAGGUUCAGAGCACACUCAUUGCCCUGGCUGGAGUGGCAAAGACCAAAGGUUUCCACACUAAGCAUGACAUUGGGGUGAAGUAUGCUGAGAAACAGUAUCGCCGUUUCAACCCUGAAAAGCUGAAAGAGGGGCGCAACAUCAUCGGCCUGCAGAUGGGCACCAACAAGUUUGCUAGUCAGAAAGGAAUGACCUCGUAUGGCACACGUCGCCACCUGUACGAUCCCAAGACGGGCAUGGAAAGACCAGUUGACCAAUCCACUAUCAGUCUACAGAUGGGAACCAAUAAAGGGGCCAACCAGUCUGGCAUGACAGCCCCAGGCACCAAGAGGCAGAUUUUCGACAAGAAGAUGGACCUGGAGCCGUGCGACAUGUCGACUGUUUCCUUGCAGAUGGGCACCAAUAAGGUAGCUUCCCAGACAGGCAUGACAGUGUACGGCCUCCCGCGCCAGGUCUACGACAGCAAGUACUGUGUCAACCCUGACAGCUACAUCAACAAUGGAGAAGGUGGGGCUGAGUACGGUUACGAUGGCUACAACUACUCUGACUAAAGAAGAUGGAGACUCUGCGCCUUAACCCAACGAGACCAUUACUGUCAAUCAUCCUCAUCCCUUUGGCCAUGUUGGUUGCGGCUGACUUCCCGAAAUCAUCCAAGUGUUCCUAAGCUCUCCCCUCCAUUCAGUCCCACUGUGCUUCUGUACCCAGCUAUUUGAAUCACUGUUUUCUUUAGGGGGGGGGGUUAUUUGUUCUAGAUUUUUAUGCUGUCCUACCACCUGUCCUUUAACCAGCAGGUCCAGGUUUUUAAUAUCAAAUUAUUGCAUCAUAAGAUCCUUAAACGACUUUUGCCCAACACACAUCACUGUGGUGUCAUUUGCUCAUUCAUUUUACUCUUCUUCCGUUUUCUCGGAAAUAUAUAAUUUUUUUAUUUAAUUGGGAGCACCAAAGGUACCCUCCCAUUGUAGUCCAAAACAGAAAAUCAUGGAAGGCCCAGUUACCAGAUAAAUUUGUUGAAUAUAAAAAGAGGUUGUGAAUUUCUUGAUUUUGACCCCCUUUUUGAGGAGCAAUGAGGAGCCGGAGCAUGAAAUCCACAGACAUUGAAUACUGGCUUGUAUCUGCUGGGAACGCCUCACCGCUGACUUUGUAUUCCCCAUGGAAUCUGACCAUGAGGCCAUGGUUUGGAGAAUGUAAGAUCAAUUACAUGAAAUAGAUCCUGUUGUUCCAGCCUGACGUUCCUGUUUCUGUACUUUUAAAAUAAUGUGUGCAAUGCUCAUUGAGCAACAGGCUGUAAACCAGACAGUAUUUUUGUUGUCAUUCAGCGUAUUUUGUCUGAUUACGUUUAAUCUGUAAACUGGUCAAACUGAUGACAGAGGUCAUCAUACACAGCCUUAGUAAUAAAAAACAUUUUCCUCACUUUUUUUUGUUUGAAGAUUCAACGUUAUAUUUAACGUUAGUAUGCAGUCCACAAUGUAUGGCUAGUGUUCCAUCCACUAUUUUUUAACUGUGGACACUACAGGUGCUGUAGAAAUAGGUAUAUCAACUAACUUAUUCAUAUUGAUAACUGUUGUCUGAAACUUUGGUCCUUAAAUAUUUUACCCUGGGAUCCAAAUACUAAGUUGAACAACCUGUCUUGGCCCGUUACAGACUGCAAAAACGUGAUAUGAAAGCUACGUUUAUUUCAACAGAAUAAAUAUCCAAACAAAAUACAUUUAAAAAGCAUUUCUAACAUCAUUUGGAUAGUAAAUGGUUACCUGCUGAUGAACAACCACGUUAAUUGAUUGUUCAAAUUAAUAUUGUAUAUACUUAAAGCUGAAUUUGAUAAUGAAAUUUAUGAUUAUUUUUUAGAGCCGAAAAUAUAUGUAUUUGAAUACAAACAUAGUUUGCUAUGGCAUAGUGGUGGCAGUAACAACUGCACUCUGAUUGUUGAUGCCCACUUUAUCUCAGCUCCAUGCAAACUAAGAGUACAAAGCUGCCUUCCGACGGAUUUAGGUAAUUUAUCAGCCUAUAGUUUCAGAGCUGAUGUUCUCAGUGUUUCACUCUAGAUAAUGCCAAACAAUGAUCAGGUGGAACAUCAGAUACAUGAGCAUGGUCAGUUUCAGAAAGAUUUUGAGUGUCUGUCUCAAUUGGGUGUAAGCACUGGUUUAUCCUAUGGACUUUUCGUGGGAGGGUGAAUAAACUUUUGACUCAAAAGUCAAUUUAAUGAAUAAAUCAUCGUUUAGCUGUGAAAUUAUUUUCUAAAGAUGACUUUUGUUGCUAUGUGGAUUAUAGGUCUUUUCCAAAGGUAAUUAUUAUAGUAUGUACAUUGACCAAGAUUCUGAAGGUAAACAAAACAUGCAGGGCAGGGGCAAGUGCUUGGUAUCAAACCUGAGUCAGUUAAUGCCAUUUCAGUUGCACCAGUCUCUACAAUGCUAUGUGGUGUUUGUUCAGACUAUUUCUAUUGUAAUAAUGAUGGCACUGAGGUAUAAAAGUGCACUGUGUAGUACAUAUAAAGAGAAAACAUGUUCAUGCUCUUUUCAGAGUUGUCAGGAGAUAAGACAGAGUCAUUAAUGAGCUCUUUUGAAAGUUACUGAAAAAGCAUUUUAGGUAGGACUGUAAGUGAAUUGAAAUGGUUGCAAACUCACCAGGAUUCUGUUGCUUUCAUUACAUUACAUUAUGAUCAUUUAGCAGACUCCUUCAUUAUGCAAUGCUGUUCACCUGUGAACUGUUUCCCUCUCACCACAGCCAGGGUGGGGGGAAAUGUUGCUUUUCUUCAGUCCAACAUCCCUAAUGGAACCAUUUGCUUUGAGCUGUUAAAAAAAGUUGGCUGUGGGUUCAAAAAUAGAAAAAAGAAGAAAAAAAAAACGCUUUCUACAUGCUUUUUUUCCAGUUUCUGAAACA